AAAGCUCAGAGUCCAAACAAGCCAAAAGCAGAGGUUCUCUUCGACCCAAAUCAAGUUUCCACUUUUGAGGGGGAAAAAAAGGGGGAGAGAGGUCAUGCAUCUCCUCUAAUCUAACAAGAACAUGAACUUUCUUGCUUUUUACCUAACCCAUUUCGUUUUCGUUCUUUUUUCCAAUUAGUCCUACAGUUUGAAAACUUCCACUUCAAGUUGGCUUUGCUUUCUCUAAUAAUAUCCUUUGGAAGAUGAGCUUGACAUUACCCGUGUGUAGUUUACCAGACUGGCUUGUGAACUCUAUUUUGGGGUUGGAUGAUGAUGCUUAUUUCCAAGAUCAGCCACAACACCUAGACCAUCGUCAACUUGUUGAUCAAAGCAUCAUUAAUCAAGAAAAAGAUUGCGAAAUCCCUCAGUCAAUGGCGUGCUCUGAAUCUUUGGCCUCUGAGCUUGCAAAACAGAGGCUGGAAAUGGACUGGUUACUGCAGUUGGAGAAUCAAAGGUUGAGGACACUUGUGCAAGAAAAGGGAAGGCAACAAGCAGUUCUGCUACAGAGAUAUGAAUCCAAGAUUGUGAACUUAAUGCACCAAAAAGACAAGGACUUGGAAAUUGCAAGAAACAGAACCAUGGAGCUGCAAAAUUUACUGAUAAGGGCAGAGGUCGAGGCCCAAGAGUGGCAGAGAAAAGCAAUGGACAAUGAAGCUAUGGUCAUAGGCCUUAACAAUAGGCUUGAGCUGGUCAGGGCCCUUGACGUAGAAUCAGUUUGUGAAUCUUCAAACGGGGAAUGCAGAAACCGAGAAGAUCAGGAGUUGAAAAAGUUAGCUUGUAAGCUGUGUAAAGCUCGAAGAUUGUCCAUUGUCUUUCUUCCUUGCAGGCAUCUCUGCUCCUGCACAACUUGCGAAUCACUUCUUGAGGUUUGUCCUACGUGCGAAUCGGUAAAAGAUAGCAGCAUUGAAAUCUUCCUCGACUAAAGCAGGAAAGUAGUGUACCAGCUUUCUUUGUUGAAGACACUUUUUUUGAUGUUAUUAUGACGAUCCCACCGGCUAGAAAUGGUAGUUGUAGUACUAGUGAUCUGUACGGGUUUUUGGCAGCCUUUUUUUUCGGGGAUGGUAUCUGUUUUGUUACAAAAUUUUUAGCUGUCAGUCAAUUUACUACUACUACUUUCAAUUCUACAUGCAGUGAUCCAU